GGGAGCGAUGUGGAUAACGAAAGUAAGUUGAUCCAUUUUAGGUUUUUUUUGCAACGAAAAUUUCUUGGACAACGAAAAAGUCGCUCGUUUCUUAAAGCUGGGUUUUAGGGUGCUAGUUGAUCAUGUAUGACGUCAAACGACAAAAACAAGAAGGAUUAACUGUUUUUUAGUUUUCUUUUUGCUCUUUUGUUGACAUUCGUUAAUUUAGUGUAAGUUUUAAACCGAACAGCAGUUUGGAGCCGAUAAGGAACCGACACCAUGGACUGGGGAACCGACCUGUGGAUCUUCAAGUUCAAUUGGACCAUGCUGUACCUUACUCAGCUACCCGGCAUGGUCCUUCUCGCACUCCUAAAUGGUGAUGAUUGUCCCAUUACAAUUCAGCCUGCUAAACUAGUGGUGGAGUUUGGUGCUUCUGCCACAGCUAACUGUUCCACAACCGUCACCCAUGAAGGAAUGGGUUGGGAGGCAUUGAGUGGAGCAGUGGAUCUAACAAGAGACGUCCAGUUCCUUAUCUGGAGGGUAGAGAGUCUGAAACACUGGGAAACACAGCCAAUAUGCUACAUCAAUGCACACGAGCAGUGCCAAUCCAAGCUCCUAGUUACUGUUUACAAACGUCCAGAGCAGGUGUUGAUCAGCACCAUGAAUCACACAGGGCCAUUGAUUGAGGGCAAACAGUACAAUCUCGAGUGUGAUGUUCAGAAUGUUGCUCCUGUUAAUCUCCUCACUGUCAACUGGUACAAAGGACAGCCAGGACAGCUAGUGAAAAGUGUACAAUUUAAUAACACUUCCUCCAAAACACCAGUAAACCGUUCUACUGAACUCAGCAUCUCGACCAGCAAAGAAGAUGAUGGAGUUCAGUACAGAUGUGAGGCAAAGCUGGAACUAGGGCCAGAAGGGCCUCAACCUCCUCCUAUAAAGACAUCAGAUCCUCUCAACAUUAUAGUGUACUAUGGUCCAGAAAUUCAGCCAGUCACACCCUCAGAAGUGGUGAAAGCAGGCAAUGACUUGUCUCUGAGCUGCACUGCAGAAGGAAAUCCAGAGCCUCAAGUGAGCUGGAGCUUUCAAAACCAAACUAAGGCCACUGGGAGGCGGCAGGCAAUUCUAAACCUUUCUAAAGCCAAGUCUGCUGAUGCUGGUGAAUAUUUGUGCACUGCUUCUAAUGAACUUGGGAGCAAAACAAGGACAGUCUCACUGACAGUAGAAGAAAGCAACAUGCAAACAAUAAUAAUCUGUGUUGUGGUUGUACUUCUGAUUUUUAUCCCUAUUGGAAUUUACACUUUUUUCAAGUGCAGAUGAUCUGAAAGUUGCACCAUACAGACUAAUGGUGAUGUCUCUGUCAUUAUUGAAGUAGUGAUGUUACCGGUGUUGUAAUGUAACGGAGUACAACCUACCAGUGGUUUUACCAGUGGUUUAGUCGGGGCCAUAUGCACGUAUACGGAGUAUGCUUACUUUUUUCCCCAGGGCUGUUUGCGUAUAACGACUUCUAUGGCUUAAUAUUAGCGUAUACCCACUUGUUUUGCUGCUUAAAACGUCCAUAAUUUACCCUCGUUUUUUCUUCCCUUUUAACUGCGUCGCAUUUUUAACUUUGUUGUAAUUGGUUCACUUUAAUUUGAAUUCCGCCCCCUUUCACCGCCCCCGACAGCUGUUGAUAACAAACUUUACCGAGCGUUUACAGGGAGGAGAGUUUACUUCAUCCACAGAAGCUGGUGUCAUGCUGAAGCAGUCUUAAGUAAAGUUGGCCGCAUAUUCACAGAUUCGAGUUUCCCGAGUCAAUAACUCCUGAGCUAAAAGCUGUUACUACACAAAAAACACCUCUUUUCUAUCGUAGUAAUGUAGAGAGGCAGACACAACACAAUUUUCCUCAAAAUCAGCUUUCCUCUGUGGCUGACAAAAAAGCGAAUACUAAAAAAUAGUCAAUAACUUCACUGCAAUACACUGUACCAGGGGCAGUUCUAGGAUUUCAUCUUUAGGGGGGUUUAGCCAUCAGUGAGAAUUUAAAACAAGAAGAGUUUUAUAUUAUAUAUUAUAUGACUAUAGUAAGCCAAGAGUGGUAUGGUAAUGGUAUUAUUUAAAAUGGCAAAAGUGGACACCAAAAUUUUAUGCAUGAUGUAAUGAUGCCAGUCUUGAAUCAAAUCAGUUUAUGUAUGUGUGCAUUCUCUACAAACAGUGUGUCCAAUUAAUGCAGUCAUUAAUAAAAGGAUAUUCACAAGACAAAUACCAAAUAAAUAAAUGUUAUUUUUAUUUAGUAUUGAAUGUAUUGUUUGCAUUAAUAUUUUGUUUGUGCUAUCAAUUCUGGUAAUGAAAAUAGUGAAAUUUUACUGCUUUUGGUUGCCGUCUUUGUUGCUUUCCGCCGAUUAUCUGCAAAUAAAGCAGACUAAAAAAGGCCUAGAACCGCCCCUGCACUGUACUGUCACCAAAUUCAGCUCACACAUCACUUGGAGAAAUGUCUUUUUUGUAUCAUUUUUAUGAUUGUUCAUAAUAAAAAACAAAACAAUAA